GGCACGAUGGAGAGGCGUGUGUAGACGUAGUUCCUUGUCCAAUUCUACUCCUUUUUAUAAGUUCCUGGAUGACAGCAGGAGGAUCAAGAUGUCGGUCAAGAGAUAUUUAACCCCGGAACAGUUAGUGGGGUUUGAAAAUUAUAAGUAUAGUGCUCAAGAUACCAGUCCUCUCAGCAAUUAUGUUAUGCACCCGUUUUGGAACACUGUAGUGAAGAUAUGUCCACGGUGGAUAGCGCCUAAUGUCCUCACAUUUGUGGGUUUCCUGUUCACGGUGGCCAACUUUGUCCUGUUGUCCUUUUACGACUACAGUUACUAUGCAUCUAGCGUUGACAUACCUCCUGAAACCGGUCCAUACCCACCUGUACCUAACUGGGUGUGGAUAGUCUGUGCUCUCAAUCACUUUCUGGCACAUACUUUAGAUGGGAUAGAUGGAAAGCAGGCACGAAGGACGGGCACGAGUGGGCCACUGGGAGAGCUGUUUGACCAUGGCCUGGACUCCUGGACAACGUUCUUCAUCCCGGCCUGCAUCUGGUCCAUUUUCGGCAGGGCAGAUUAUAGCAUUAGCCCACUCAGGUUCUAUUUCAUUUUAUGGAAUGUACUGUCCUGUUUCUACACCUCUCACUGGGAGAAAUACCUUACCAAGAUACUGUUUCUGCCAUGGGGCUACGAUAUAUCACAGGCGCUAAUCUUCGCCAUAUACUUGGUAACGGGAAUAUGGGGACAGCAAAUAUGGAAGUUCGAGAUAGUACAGGGAAUUUCUUCAGGGGCCAUGUUUGAGUUCAUGAUGUAUGCAGGGUCACUUGGCACCUCACUUCCAAUGUCGUUUUGGAAUGUUUAUAAGUCAUACAGAGAUGAGACUGGGAAGAUGCUUGGGUUUUGGGAGGCUGUACGGCCCUUAAUCACACCUUUGAUAUUUUUUGCUUUGUCGACAAUCUGGGUGUAUCAGUCUCCCACCAACAUCAUUGAAAGGGAUCCAAGAAUGGUCCUGUUCAUGGUUGGCACAAUCUUUGCUAAUGUCAAUUGCCGGCUGAUUGUCUCCCAGAUGAGUAGCACAAGAUGUGAGCUCUUGAAUUGGCUGUUGCUGCCACUUGCUGUAGCUGUGGGAAUUGCAAUCACAUUUCCCACUCUGGAGUUGGCAACACUCCUGAUCAUGGGCAGCAUUGCAACCGUUGCACACAUCCACUAUGGUGUCUAUGUGGUUCGUCAGAUGUGCGAUCACUUCCACAUCAAGUGCUUCAGCAUCAAAGACAGGACCGAAUGAUUGCUUGCCAACAGUGCAUAAGGAUUCUGCAGACAGUUGCCCUCUCAGUCAUAGCAUAAGUGGCGAUUAUGUUGAUGGCAACCCAUACUCAUAUGUUCACAAUGUGUGGAGUCGGUGCAUAUCAGAUAAGUCCUCCAAAUGACUUGCAUAUGGGGAAAUAAGGAUACACGAACAAAUACUUUUCUCUCUUUUUUUCGUUUUUUGUCUUGGGAUUUUUUGUUUUUUAGAUAUGAAGGAAUAGGAGAGGAGAACACAAAGCUCCUAUGGGCUAGUUCAAAGUAUUGGGAUGAAGAUUGAAUGAUUGUGAUAGAAUUCAUUGAGGUACAGACAUGUUGACAAUAUAUCUCACUUUUAUCUAUAAAAGGCAAAAAAAAUGCUCAACUUGUAGAUGAGUAAUAUCAGAUUAUCCUAACAUAGUUGAGGGAUGGAUGUGUUAUAUCUCAUGACAUCUGUUAAAACUUCAAGAUUAAUAUUCAUGAGAGUAGACUGGUAAAUGCCAUACAUACCUGAUGAAGAAGACAAUAAGUACCUUAGAUAGCAACUGAAAAACAAACAAAAAACUAUUUAUUGUUACAUCUCCUUUAUAUAGAGUAGUACUGCAUAGAGUUCAUGGACUGACGGCAAUGAUUCAGCAUCAUUAACAUUAAUUGGCUUGCUUACUAGUGUGCUCUAGUGACAGAUGCUCGAACUCAGCCUCCCUAACACUGCUUUUUCUCCAUCCAUUCCCAUCCUCCCUUCUGUAACUCCUUACCCUUCUCCCUUUCUCCAUUCCCCUCCCUUUGCUUUUCUAUCCUCCCUCUCUCCCUCCCACUUGUAACCUGUCUCCACUCCGUUACUUUCCCAUUUCCAUUGUUCCCUCCCUUCCUCCCAUCUCUCCCAGCUUCUUAUCCUGUGGAACACACCUGUUAUGUAGCAGUAGAAAAGGUAUUCAGGUCACAUAGUACCGGGUGUGAUGAGUGGGAACUCUAUACCUCCUCAUCAUGUGUUGCUUUGUGCCUUGAGUUUUGUGUCUUGCAGAUUACUGAAUGAUUUAAGGUGCAAUACUUCAUGAAUUAAUGGUUAUAGAUGUUCCUUUGCUUGACAUGUUGAGAAAAAAGGGUAAAAAAUGAGGUAGUCCAGGUAACAGUGAUGAUUAUUUUAUUGAUUCUCUUUUUUUUUUUUUUUUUUUUUUUUUUUUUUUUUUUUUUUUUUUUUUUUGUCUUCCUUUUGUGUUUACUUUUUUCAUUUCAUGUGUUCACAUUUAUAUGUACUACCCCUGCAUGAUUAUAGCACAGACAUGUAAUCAUACACUUAGACACUGAGUAAACCAAUGCAUUCUGUAUUGUUGCUAAAACUUACCCCACAUUAUAUUCAAUUUAACUUCGUUUUUUCUUUUUUUGAGUAGCCGUUUGAACACAUGUCAAUCCAUGUAUAUCACUCCAUCCAUCCAUACCUAUAUCUGUCUACCUCCACAUGUCCUUUCUUCUUUCUUCUAUUUAUUUUUCUGAUUAAAAAAUAUCUGUUUUGAUGUACAAAGUUUCUAUAUUUUGACUGUUGACAUGACUCCAAUAGACAUUUUAUUUAUUUGUUGAUUAAUUUUUCAACCAAAAAUAUUUUUAUUUUAUGAAACAUACUCUUUACGGUUACUUUCACCAUGUAAUUACGUUACAGUAGUUUAUUUUAAUGUGGAAUAAUUUAUUUAAUAUAAUGUAAGGAAGGAAGUAUUAAUAUUGGUAAUAGUGUGUACUAUUAAAAGUAGUGCUGUCGUUGCUGAUGGACUGGAUCAGCAGAUUACAAUGUGGAGCUUUUUUAUUGUAUCUUUUUGUUGAACUGUGUUAACAUUUUUUAUCCAUGCCAUCAUGAAAUGGGAGGUCUUAAUUAGUACAAUCAAUAGGUGUACAUUUUUCAGGUAAAUGUUGCCAAGAUAUUGUUGUUGUUUAUGUUACAGAGUCUAGAGGCAGUUGUUAACUGUGCAGCUCUUGUAAAACAUAAAUGGAUAUCAUACCUUUUUCAACUGAAUGCUGAGACAGUAGGUUUACUAGCCAGAAUUGACAACCAUGACUAUAGCUAAAAUAUGGGAUUACCAGAAACUGUAAGGUUAGGUAUAUAAAUAGUUGUGCAACUUAGGACAACAUUAUUACAAAUCACAUCAGCCACCAAGUAUUAGAGUGGAGGCUGGCUGUCAGGGCGCGUUGACACCAGCUUUGUCUUACACCAAUUGCCUGUUCUUCACUAGCAGCUACUUCAGACUUUGCUCAUUCGCGGAAGAUCUUGCGCGAAUCUUUUAUUGGUAAUGAUUGGAGAAAAGAUUGGAUAGCCUCUUUGAGAUUGAUUAGCAGUAAUAGUCUUGUGUUUACUGCAUUGUUUGCCUGUAUGAUGGUAUUGGGUUAAUGGCAUGUACAGGAAUUCACUAUUUACAAUAAACACCCUCACUGGAACUUUA